UGUCGUGAUUGCAAAGCCGUAAUUACAGAUCGAGGCAUGAGCGCCAUACUAUUAUCAGAUCACUCUAUUCAGCUGUUUUCGACAGAUCUCUUUCCAGAUACAGUCGGUUUUGUUCAUGGUGAUUAUUCUGCUUCAUCCUGCGGAUGUAGAGUACGCGAUACUGCAUGCCUUGAAUGUGGCAACGUGAUUGGAUAUCAUGUCAAUGUUCCUUGCAAGGUCUGCUUAGAACAGAACCAUAAUGGU